GGGCAUUUUCGAAGGUUCCUUUCAGCGCUCGCAGCGCACUCUGAGUGCAAAAUGUCAGUGUAAAAUUUGAUUAGUAAAGGAAGAGUGAAAAUUUUCUAAAUUUUAAAGGUUUUCUCUUGGAAAAAACCAUCUAAAUUGCAUUUUAUCGACAAGACAAACAAGCUAGUUGUGUCCUGAGGAUGAGUCCUGAGGAUUUGGCACCGCCAAAGGCGGAUUUUAGUGCUCCGCCACCGUAUGAGGUGACAGACAGUCAUCAGCACGACAGUGGACCGCCAAGUGCGACUCUGCCGCCGGGAUGUGUUGAUGUGGCCGGCUGCGGUAUUCCCUCCGGCAAAUUGCCAACGUAUGAGGAAGUACAGAUGGAGAAGAGUCGUCAUGGGGAAUUGCCACCGGAACUUAGUGCUCAGGCCACGGCACCACCGCCGCCACAUCCGAAUCUCGUGGCUGGUGGAGGCCGGGGGCCAAAUGGUGGCACUCCAGCGUUGACUUUUAUUGCCAUUGAUGCUGGAGAGACGGAUAAUAUGGCUGGGGAUAAUAGUCUGCUGGGCACGGAUAUUGUAUUCGUGACGGCAUUUCUGGUGGCCUUUCUGUUUAACUGGAUUGGCUUCCUUAUGCUCACGUGCUUCUGUCAUACAAUUGCAGCGAGAUAUGGGGCUCUGUCGGGCUUUGGGUUGUCUCUGGCCAAAUGGACGCUCAUUGUGAAGCAUUCGACAGACUUGGCGUCACAUGAGAAUUCAUGGCUAUGGUGGUUGAUCAUGGCAUUUGGAUUUUUGAUCUGUGUGAGGGCUCUGGUGCAGUAUAUCAGCAUUAAACGCACCUGGCGCCUCCUGUCGGCCAGUGCACAGGAACGCCUACUAUUCUUCUACUGAGUAGUUCCGGCCGCGGAGGUACCUCUGCUCACGCAAUCCAUUCCCUGAUUGCGCCCCCAUCGGUACACUUCGCGACUGCCCUUGUGGCAUUAAAAGUCCCACACCAACACAAAAACACUCCAACACAAUCACACCCACAAUCAAGACACAAAAAAAAAUAGAAUUUUGCAGAAAAGAUUGUGAUGCAUUGUUGAGAGAUAGAUUUUUUUUUAUUCUUUAUAUUAAUUUUUAGUUUUUUUUUUUUUUUUGAAAAAUCCUAUCACCAAAUAUUCCACGUAUUUUAUCCUUGAUUGUUUCUCUUGUAUUACCCUAUGAACGUCCCCAAUUAAUGUCCUCUGACUUUUUUUGUGUAAAUAUAAGUUAAUUGUUAUUUACUCACGCCUA